AUGAAAGGGGGUAGGAAGGCAGUGAGUGAGAAUGGGCGUAUGUUAGAGAGAGAUGAAGAUCUUGUUCUAUUCCGGGAAUUGCAUAAACGUGAAAAGGAUAGAAUUGCCACUCUCCUUCAGCCUGUUUCCGAUGAGUUUGAACCAAAUGGGUCAGCAGGUACCUACCUACAAUACCACAUACUAAUCUGUUCCGCUGCAGGAAAUUUUGCACUCUACAGAAUAGCAUCCGGGAAGAAAGGAUGUGGAUACCAGUUUUUCCCUGAUACCAUAAAAAAUGAUUAUGAUUGGUUGAAAACACCACCCGCAACCCCUCUCUUUCCGUCGCUUGAAAUGGAAGCAAAUGCCGCGCAACCUGUCGUCCAACGGGAGUUACCUAUCAUUCACCCACCUCCUUCAAGGUUUGCAGGCCAUAAAGAGUCCAAAAGAAGCAUAAAUGGAAGGGCGAAAUCUCCAAAUCCCAAGCCAAAAAUCCCUUCAAGAUCCAUAACUCCUAGUCAUAGGCCACUGGUAAACAACAGCACCAAAGUAGCCAACUAUGAUCCUCUGAAAAGUAAACGAACAAAUGUGGGUACUGCCGACAUGCACAUGGACUUUCUCACUUCAAAUCUGUCCCAAAAGCUAGCAACAACUCAGACCACAAAGCCUAGGAGUAGAGGUGUGUCGCCAUUGGCAAGACCAACCAUACCAAUCCAAUAUCCCACGCCUCCUAAUCGUUCUUCUUCCGCUAGCCGAGGGCGGGCAGUGCUUCACCAAAACGCUUCGACACCAAGGCAGUCGUGUUCACCUAUGGCUAGGGGCCGGAGACAACAAGAAGCCAUCAAACCCACACAGCCAUUCUUGGGGAGCAAGAUGGUAGAGAAAGUGAUGAAUGCUAGGAAGUCCAUCUCAAGCAUUAAUGAUCAAGGCCAAAGGGAUACAAAACAAAAGUUACGAGGCUCCACUACCAAGCAUUUGGAGAUUAAACGCGACUCCACUCAGCUUGGCGUUUUUCACAGACGCAGAGAACAAGGCUGAAGGAAUUUCCUUGUUUGGGUCUGGGAUUCUUCCGAAGAUUUACAUUUUCUUUUUAAAUGUUUGGUGUAACAUCAUCUUCAUGCAAUCUUUUGACUCUAAAUGUAUUGUAUAUAUACACAUGUUGGAACCCAAAUCUUGAGACUCAAAACCAGGCAUUAUCUUGCUAGAUUUUUCAUAAA